AUUUCCUUACAUAAUAUCUCUGUCCCAGUUGCUUCUGCAACUCCUAAACACUACAAGACAAAACCACUUCCCAUAAUAUCCACACAUCAUACACAAACAAUCAACCAUACCUUCUUUUUCUGUCACAAAUUUUCAGUCUCUUACUUUUUUCUUCUUUAUAUAUGCUUUUGCUCUCAAUAGUAUGAAGAAAAACUCCAACCACUCCUGUUGGAGGCAAACAUCACAAUUCACAACCCCGGUAAGACCAAUCAAAAUCUUCCUCGGCCUACAUAGUCAUGCCUUGCAUCAUGGCUUUUGCUCUAUGUGAAUUUCAAUGGACAUGCCAUUAGUGUCUUGAGAGUGUCAUAGAUUGAGUUGCUUUUCAAUUUUCAUCCUCCAAAGUCUCAGAUACUAUUAAGUAUUCAGUAUUCAGUAUUCACCACCCUUUUUCCUUAUUACCAAAGAGAUGCUUCUUUGAGAGCCUUUAUCUAGUGGGAUUCCUGACAGAUAUUGCCAUAACUCAAAAGUUUAAAGUCCUUCUCUAUUUCUUCUUGAUAAGAAGAUAUAUUAUUCAAAACCUUUCUUGCUUGCUUCAGUACACUUCUCUGACAAUCAUCAAAAUUCUCCUGUCCUCAACACUCCAGUGCAAGAACUAGUGUUACAUCGACCAAAAUCAAGGUUUUGACAAGCCAGAGAUGCUUCAAACCUCUUUAUGGUACUACAGCUUUUGCUUCAAAUUUUCCAAGCUCAUUUCUCCAAGCAGCAGAUAUAGAUUCUUCAGCUGAUAGCAAAAGGGUGUACAAGAAUUCUGAGUUGGUAGAUUCUUCAGCUGGUAUCAAAAGGGUACAAGAAUUCUUAGUUCAGUAGUUCACCUAUUACAAUUGUUGGCGUUUUUGAAGUGGUUGACACAUAAUGGCUCUUCAUCACCGCUUUUUGCUUGACACAAAUUCAACCUCACCUGCACCAGCUAACAUGAAUAGGACAAGAGAGACUUUCACUGGUGAGGCAAAUUUUGACACCAACAUGGUGAUUAUCUUGGCCGCGUUGCUUUGUGCACUUAUAUGUGCUUUGGGACUGAACUCAAUUGUGCGAUGUGCUCUAAGGUGUAGCCGAAGGUUUGCUUUUGAGACCCCAGAGGAAACUGCAGCACGUUUGGUGGCAAAAGGCCUAAAGAAGAGUGUGUUGCAUCAGAUCCCUAUAGUUGUUUAUGGUUCAGGUAGUGUUGGAAUUGCUGCCACAGAUUGUCCAAUUUGCCUAGGGGAGUUCGUGGAUGGGGAGAAAGUAAGAGUGUUGCCAAAAUGUAACCAUGGAUUUCAUGUGAGGUGCAUAGAUACAUGGCUCCUCUCACACUCAUCUUGUCCUAAUUGCAGACAAUCUUUGCUUGAGCAGCCAACUAUUUCUGGAGCAGCAGGCACUAGUCACCAUGCUGGGAAUGCCUUGGGAGGACAUCAACAUGAGUCUUUGGAUGUGGCUGUAGAAGUGGUUGGCUAAUUGCAAACUUAAUCCUCCACCCUCAGAAUUCAGAGAAAGAAUGGAUGAAUAAAUGGAGACUAGUUGGUUUUAUCCUUGAAUUUGAAACUUUUUUUUUAAUGUAUGUAUGAAGAAUUGAAGAUGUUGGGUUGAUAUUCAUAUUGGUGUCGGAAUAGUGCAUGUAUGGAUUAUGGUUUUCGAGGCCA